ACGCAGUUGCCUCAUUUCAUCUAGGGGCUUCGUGGCUGCAGGAUGGACUCUCAUCAGCACCGCCAACGUCUUUUCUUCCUGCUGCCUCCCGGGACCAUCAAGUCAGGCAGGAACCGAGGCUCCCCCAGCCCGCGCGGCGUCCAGCUGCCCUCACGCGGUGUAGCUGUGGCAGAUCCCAGCAUCCCGCGCUAGAGCUUGGACGUUUCUCUUCACGUCGAUGUCUGUCACUCCCAGUCGAAAGCCCUCCUCGAGCCAGCGCAGGCGCUCAGUGGGAACCAGUGGGCGACAUGCCCUCAGUGAUGCAUCCAGUACUCACACCUACCCCUGCCGGGCGAGGGCUCCAGAGGGCAGUCCCACGGCCAGGACGUAUCCCAGCACACCCAGGCGUCAAAUGAAGCACACAGCCUGCAGCGACAAUCAUGGAAUCAGGCCCCCCAGUGCAGAGCAGUAUCUCACCCCCCUGCAACAAAAAGAGGUGUGUAUCCGACACCUGCGAGCCAGACUGAGAGAAAAUGUGGAAAGACUACAUCACAGGGAUUAUGAAAUUGAAGGAUUGAGGACGCAGCUUUAUAAAAUGCAGGAGGACUGGAUUGAGGAGGAAUGCCACCGCGUGGAGGCCCAGUUAGCUCUAAAAGAGGCUCGUAAGGAGAUCCAGCACCUCCAGGAGGUGGUCGAGUCAGUGCGGUCCAAUCUGGGCAUCAGAGAAAAAGACCAACACGACCAAAAGCCAUACUCAGGACUGCAGGGAGCCCGUCCGGGGGGGAGGUCUCGCUCCUGCGGGUGUUCCCCGGCCAGCACAUUGAGCCGCAGCGCCACCUGCACGCGACAAAGCAGCGAAGCUCUGCAGCUGGAGCGCAGCUCCAACGCUCCUGAGCCUGCUGGAGCGUCUCGCCCUGCAGGACAAACCCGUCUGCUCCUGGAGGCGGCUCUGCUGCCGGACCAGCUGCCACCGCAGGCCUGCGACGUUGGGGGCCCGUCGGUCGUGCCGUGCUCAUCCAGCCAAGAAAGGAUGUGCAGUGGAGGGGCUGUGCUGCCAGUGUCCCACUCCUACCACACUCUCAGCAGCAGCUGCAUGUGUAGUGGGCACACGUACCUCCCCCAUCAUCACUUGUUCCUUCACUUGCCUCAAGAGGAGGUCCCAGUAAGAGCGCCGACUGCUGCCACCCCCACACCAACUCAAGCCAAGCCCAUCCCAGUUCCUGUGGGUGAGAGGAAGCCCGAGGUCCGCUCCCAGGCCUGCAGCCCCACCAUGACCUGGCUGCAGGAGGAGAGCGGCACAGAUGAGCUAAGUGUCAUUUCUUUACCUCCAGCAGACAGCCCCCCCUCAGAGCCACAGCCGUCCUUCACCACUUUACCUGUGGCGCCCCCGCCUGAGCACUCCACUCAGAGGUUACCAGCAGAGGUCCCAGCACAACCCCACACCUCUCAGCCCCAACCCGUAGGGCAGGGGGCUCCAAUCCUGGGGAUGGACGAGAACGUGGGGGAACCAGGAGGGGCGAACGAGGACGAGCCCCCGCCCCCAUUGUGCCACUGGAGCCGUUACUUCCUGGUAGAUCUCAUGGCUUUGACGAUGCCUGUGGUCCCAACUGUGGCAUGGCUGUGCAGGGGGGCGCCACAGGAAGUCUUGCCUGUGUAUCAUAUCGGGUCGCUGCUGAGAGGCUGCUGCGCCGUUGCCCUUCACUCACUCCGCCAGCAGGGUGCAGGACGGGGGCGCAGGCCUGCCAGCAUGAACGGAACCACCUAGACUGGACUCUUCCAACUGCCAGACCUCUCAACUUUAGCUGGACCGCCCACAUCAUGUCCUUUGGAUUCUGUUGUCAUGCACUACCUUAUAGUGCAGAGAAGGAAUUUAGUGGUUUGAUUCUCAAACCUGCAUUCUGCUCCUGCCUGACAUCAUUUUCGUCUGAACGCAAUUUGCAUGUAACCCACUCUGCUGGGGUUCUCCUGCUUGCAUCCAAGAGUUACUUUGAAUGAUGGAGCAUCAAUGGUAUACUGUUUAAGCUACAAAAAUAGACUCAACUAACUCCUUUUUAACCAUGUACCUGUCAAAAAAUGAAAACAUUUUCUAAUGUGAGCACUUUGACUUCAAAACAGAGAAUGGCAGAUAUUAGAAAAAAUAAUUAAAAAAAGGGCCUGACAUCAUUUUGAAGCAUUUUCACUGUCAGAACAGAGCAUGUUCAUCUGAUCUCGUACUCAGGAGCCAAAACAAGCACCGAAGAACCUCAGAGUUCAACCUACAGACAUGCCAGUCAAAGCAAGAAUAAACGUCAGGAGCCAAGUUUGUGUUAUACUGUUUAUUUACAUCAUAGAGAUCCAAAACUCGAUUUUAAGGCUGAACAUUUGGUAAGUAGGUAAACACAUGAAUGUAUGAAGAAAAUAAGCAUGUUGGUAAAGAAAGCUGACAUUUUUUCUGUUUUCCCCCCAUCAGGCAAUAGAUUUGUGCAAAGCUUUAGGUAAAAACUGACCGUCUAUGCUUCAGCUUUCAAAAAAGUUAUGCAACAGAUGUCAAAACUGCAAUAAAAGCCUCAGCACUAAACAUUUUUAAACUAGAGAAACUUUAAAAAUGUAAAAAAAAAAAAAAA